CUUAAAGCCUGUGUGUUUUCACUGCAGAGCAGCGACCGAGUGCUCCGUGUGGCGUGCUCAGUUUUAUUUCCUGGUUCUCUCGAGCGGUGGUAAGUGUUCAAUCUCUCUUCUCUGUUUAAACAGAGUGCUAUCCUGUAGCUAAUACUAGUGUGGUCACAGGUAGAGGUCUGCUGUCGUGUGGGUCUUUCUCUCCCUCCCUCUGCUGUGCAGGUUUGACUUGAAAACAGUGGCUGCAGGUGGUGCUGGUGAAGUGGUGCUGGUCUUCCUCCUUGUGUGCCGUGUUUCCUUUGACUUGGUGAUCUCACUCUAUCAACUUGAAAUGGUUUUUUCGUGACAGCAUUUCUAUUGUGACUGUGAGCAGCCGGGUAGACAAACUAAAGAUCAGCCCGCCCCUCUUUACGGUGAGACUUCUCUUACUGGAGCACAGUUCACUUCCAGGCGUUGAAGUGGUGCAGACAUACUGUUCACACAAAGAUGAAGCUCACCUCGAUAACAGCUUUGCUCUGCACCUUCAGUUUGAUCUCUGUCUGUGUUUCUGAGUUCCACACUGUGGAGCUCCAGCCUGCUGAACAAGUCACACUGAUGUGCUCCAACUUCAGCAGCUCUACCGGGCACAUAUUCUGGUUCAGACUGGACAGCAGACCCAACAUCAGCCGUAUCUCCUCUAUGCAGAGCUCUGAUUCAAAUGCUUCACUCUACGAUGGAUUUCAAAAUGGAAAAUUUAACAUGACAUCCAACACCACUACCCUCUUCCUCAACAUCACCCAUGUGGAUUUAGCUGACUCUGGACUGUAUUUCUGUGGAUUUUACUCAGAUGGAAAGCCAAUAAUUGUUAGUGCAACAUAUCUAAAAGUUCAAGAAGUGUUUGAUGGAAUAAAGAGUCCGACCAGUGUGAUCCUCUGUGCUUUGACCGUUUUCCUUGUUCCAGUCCUCAUCAGUCUGGUUGUCAUAAUCAGGAGACUUCAUACAGCUGAUAAUGAACAGAAUCCACAACGGACUGAGAAUGUGGGCUCUGAUGAUCUGAACUCUGCAGCUCUGAGGUUCCUUCCAAACACAAUAAGGAACAGGAGGCCUGCAUCAGAGAGAGAAGUGGAGACUCAGGUUCUUUAUAGCGCCAGCAGAUAGACACAAGCAGCAAUAGGACUGUAACUCUCAGUGGAACUGAUGCUCUAUAUUCAUCUGCUGCCAGAGUCAAUAGCAACAUUCUUUUA